GGGGGCGGGUCUCCGAGCGAGCGCCGCUCCGAGUCCCCUUUUUGGCUGCGGGGCUGCAAGUUGCGGGCCGCUUGUUUUGCAGCUGAAGCGGAGAGGGCGAGGCGGGAGCUCGCGGGAACCGGGGUCGCUCGCGCCAUCCUCUGAGGGGAGGGGGAAAACAAGGAAAGGACCCGAGCAGGGAGUGGGAGCGCCGCGAAGUUCGCCUCAAGUCUCGGCGGGCGGCGGCGGGACCAUGACGAGACUCGCCCUCCUGGUGCCUUUCGCCGCGCUGGUGCUGCUGGCGGGACGCGGCCGAGGUAAGGAGCGCUGCUCGGCCCUUUCCCCCUCGUGCGCCUCUAGCCUUCGACGCGGGGCGCUGCCCGUCCCUCUCUCCCCCAGCUCGAACAAAGGCUCCGGGAGAGCGGCAGGAAAAGGGGAGCAGCAGCAGCCGCGCCCCGACGGGAGGCGCCGAAGGGACGCCCACCCCUGCCCGCCGCAGCGCCGCUCCCCGCCGCCUUUGUGCUGCCAGCCUCGAGGAGCGGGCGAAGGGAAGCCUCUUCUUCGAAGGCUCGGCUUACCAAAAGAGUCCCCGGCUCAGAUGCAGGGCUUUUUUUCUGGGGGUACGCAUACCCCUAAAAUUUUUGUGGGUUUUUUGUCCUUUUGUCCAUUUACCGCAUUUAUUUUUCCCGAUUUGAACUAUAAAAUGGCAUCUGGAGUCCAAAUGAGACUACCCCUAAACAUUUUUUUUCCCAGAAAAAAAAUCACUGCUCAAAUGGAUCCUAGAAGGAUUUUUUUUUUGGGGGGGGGAGUGGGAAUCGCAACGGGGUGACAGGCGUUUGACCCAAAUUGGGCUGUAAGCAAGUUGUUUUUGUUGUGUAUUUAGGGACACCCUGCCUUUUCCCCUGAUAGGGACACAAGGCAGAUAAAAUAAGAACAACUGAAAACAUAGUGGGCAAUAAUAAUAAUAAUAAAAACCCAAUUAAACAUUAGAGUCUGGGACACACUUCCAAGAAGAAUAUGCUGAUGGUUUAUCUUUAGGCCACAUGGUCAGGAUCACACCCACAGGGAUGCCAGGUUGAAUAAAAUAUUGGGGGGGGAGGUAAACCCUGCCCCACCCAAUCAAUCACAUGGUGGGGCACACCCACACCAUUUGAGUGGCAGUGCCCAUCAACUUGGGGGGCCCUGGCCCCCUCAAGUAUGGGGGCAGCCCAUGGACAUAGCCAAGGGGGGUCAGGGAGGGGCAGCUGCCCCCCAAAAUCAAUAGAAAUAAAAAUAUAUAGCUAACUGAGGUUCUCCCCGCCAUGCAAUAGGCCUGCUCCCCGCAACAAAGGUCUAUCCCCCCCCAACAAAAAUCCUGGCUACACCUUGGCCCCUAGGAGUUGGCUCCUGUGGUACCCAGGUGUUGUCCCAAUAUUGUGGAAUUAUUCUCCCACUUCACCCCUUAAGCUUGCUCUGAAAGGAGAGGGAAUUCUGCCUGCAUCUUGUCUACAUUCAAAAGAGAUGUCACUGUUUUCUGGCUUCACUUCCCUGUUAGACAUGUCCACAGGUCUUUGUAUGGAGCCUUUCCCCAGUUGUUUAAGGACCUGGUACUAUAAACUUGGUGGUGCCUAUUCCGAUGCAGAGCGAACGGUGCUGUGUAAGGUGGCUGGGUGGGAACUUAGGGUAAAGUGUGAACUGGAGGGUAUUUGUGGGAAUUCAUUCUUCCUGUUGGCUGGUCGUGCCAGACUCUCGUUUAUUUAUUUGCCACUGAAUUAACAUCCUAAACAAAUAGGAAGGUAGCCUUGAAAUCUAUUAUACUUUUAUGGGGUAGGCCUAACUGCAACCUAAUAUUCUUUGGACUUGUAUAUUUUCACUGGGGGAAAGGCAAUAUAGAGUGCAGCCCUAUAUAGGUUUACUUAGGGGGAAGUCUCACUGAGUUUAGGGGGCCUUUCUCCAUAAUAGGUGCAUUUAGGAUUGCAACCUAUGUCUGCUUUUGGCUUAGCUAUGUUGUUGUUGAAUAGUACAGGGGUACUGAAGGAGGAUUUUCCAUGGCUUUGGAAUAACCAUUCCACAAGUAUAGAAAAUGCAGUAUUAUUAGCAGACUAUUAACAUACAACGGGUCCAGUUAAGGCAGGCUUCCUCAACCUCAGCCCUCCAGAUGUUUUGAGACUACAAUUCCCAUCAUCCCUGACCACUGAUCGUGCUAGCUAGGGAUCAUGGGAGUUGUAGGCCAAAAACAUCUGGAGGGCUGAGGUUGAGGAAGCCUGAGUUAUGGACUAACUGUGACUUCUAGUCACAUUAUUUGAGCUGACUUCUUUGGAAGAUAUUUAUUAUGAGGAUUGGAAUUGCCCUUUAUGUGAUUCAAUAAUUGGGAGGGGGUGCACAUGAUGCUAGAAUUCCAUCCUCCUGUGACAUCUGGGGACACCCUGCCCCCCGGAAUCAUCACAGUUUUUGGAAAAAACAUGUGCACACCCAUAGGUGAAGGAUGCAUACAGCUGUUUUGGUCUUGUAUGUGGUGGAGUAGAUCUAAGAGUGCUGUUUUAAGUAUGACAAUAUAUUCACACUUAAGUGGUAAUCUUUGUCUGAAGCAGCCCUGAUGUACUGGAAGAACAAAAUUGUCUUUUCUACAGCAUAUUAUUCUAUCAUCAUUGUCAUCAUCAUCAUUAUUUUUAAAAAACCAUUUGUAACAGGACUUUCUUCCUUGGAGAUCAGAGCAUUGGUUAUUGCUCAGGCUGCACAUGAUAUUUUUCUUUCUUUUUAUCUAAAAUAGUCUCUCAAGCUGCAAUGCCCUGUGGGAGAGGGGGGAACAUUUUAACCCUUUCCAUUCUACUGCUUUUGCACAUCUGCAAUUUGUCCUGGAGCUGUGUUUAGCUUCAUUUAUUCUGUCCCCCCCCAUGAACUACAAGCAGCUAUGUGUGGACAAUAACAUAGUUAGUGGUCUGCACCGGGAGUAGGGGGGCUGUAGGGUGUCACGGCAGUGGAAGGCAGGAGUGCCUGGCGUGCUCUGGUCCAUGGGGUCACGAAGAGUCGGACAUGACUAAACAAUAACAAAGGGUGUCACGGGGGUCUAUAGGGCAGCACGGGAGCGUGGCAUGGGAGCUGCUGUACCUGGGGGUAGGGGUGGGAUUCUGUGCCUCAGGGGAGCUUGCAGGUAGCACAGCGGUUCCUGGGCAUUUCGGGUGCUGCAGGGGGAGGUGGAACCACUUCCCAUCCCUGAAAUCAGUGACUGCCCUAAACAAACUCAGCAACUGUGGUCUGCCCCAGGCGCUGGAGGGGGUUGCUGCACCACGCUGUGUGUGUGGAGGUGAAAAAGCAUCAGAGAGCAAAGGGUUAAAAUGUUCUAUCACAUGCCUCCUCCUCUUUGCAUCAUGUUCAGUUUGUCUCUUAGCCUUAGAACAACCCACUGAGUUAGGUUAGUCUAAAAUAUUCUACUGACUUGACCAAAAGCACUCCUUGAACAUUGCAGCUGAGCAAUGUUGAAGUUGAACGUAUAACAAGUUGAGCAGUGCAGUUGUUUUGCUCUAAUUGCAUUAAGUUUAACCAGACAGGGAAAUAGCUUUCCUUGAAUGCCUUUCCAUUUUGGAAUUCUGGCCCAGAUAAAUUCCCAUUUUAGGCAGCGCAGCUAGUUACACAACUUUUUGACUACAGCAUAGUUCUCUGUGACAGGACCAAGUUUUAAAAAUGCAUUUACUUUUUGUUAGGAGAACAUAGGGAAUCCUUACUCUAUUAGAGACCUUAAAAAAAGUUUAAUACCAUAGUUUAUUAUCCACCACCUAAACAAGUUUAUUUGGACAUAAAUCUAGAUUUCAAUGAUACCUGUAUCUGGCUAAUAUGCUUGGGAUGGCUGCCUUGAACUUUACAGUCUUUCUCGGCCCAAACCAUUCAUCUUCCUGCUCCUAAAGUGAGCAUUAUAGUUUUCCAAUAAACAAUUUUAGAACUGACUUGCAUACAUGUAAGUACUGUACUUGGAUCCAACUUCUGUGUGACAUGUACCACUCUGAGCAAACCACCUCACUGGAAAUGUUAUGACUGUUCACUUAUGUUAGGCAUAUCAAUCAUUUCCUUACCAACUAUCAAACAACAGAGUCCUACAGUAGCAUGUAGGUUGACAGGGAAGUAAUCUGUACACAUAACAUUUUGCAAUUAAAUGUUUUCUCACUUCUCCUUGCAACAGUGGGCAAGUAUAAAUUAAUAUUUGUCAGCUGGUAACCUGCCAGUGCAUGUGCAUGCUUCAUAAGCACAGGCAAGAUGCAGCACUUCCUCUGGAUACUUAGAGAGACUUUUUGUGUUAUUCAUGAGACUACAGUAUGACAAGUGAAACAUGGGGGAAUAGAGAGCAGCUGUUGUGCGAGUUGUCAUAGAUGGUUGUCUAUUGCUUCUGUAGGCAAAAUCCUCAAUUAGGAGUGAGACCAAGCAAUAAAAUGCAAUGAUGAAUGGGAGCAGUUAGGAACAUAGAAAGCAUGCCUUCUGCUGUGUCAGAGCUCUAGUCCAUCUAUCUAUUGCCUAUGCCUACACCAGUGGUGGGGAAUUUUCUCAGCCCAAGGACUUCAUACCCUCGUGGCAGCCUUCUGGGGGCUGCAUGCCAGCAGUGGCCAGGAGCAGAGGCAAAAUGGCAGAGCAAUGGAGAUGACUCUUGUCUUCGUACAGUAGGGUGUAUUCCAGCCACAGAAUGCCUGGGUUUUGCACACACUUCUCCAUUCAGUCCAGCAAGAGGCAUUGGUUCAAGGACUCAUUUCAGCCAGGCAAAAGCACUUGAAAUGGACAACAAGCAUGGCUGCUGGGGGCUGGCCUGGGGAGAGUCCUGAGAGCUGGAGAGAGGCUUGGGGAGUUGCAUUUAGUCCCCACGCAUGAGGUUCCCCCAUCCCUGGCCUACACUGACCCACAAUGGCUCACCCAAGUUUUCAGAAUGGGGACAUUUCCAACCAUGCCUGGAAGCUCCAAGGAUUGAACUUGAAACCUUCUGCCUGCAGAGUUUGUUCUGCCACUGAGUUGUGGCCCCACGUCACAGAAUUACUGUGUGAGCUGCUUGUCCUAGCAGAGGUUGCCUUACCAUUUAGCUAUUGCCCACCUGGUUAUGCAUCAGGUUCCAGUUAUGUUAGCAAGUGGGAAUCUUAUUGGUGCAGGGAUGUUUAAAACAGGACAGCUUAGCAGAAAUAUUAGCAUUAUUGUAUUUUAUGUUUAUUGUUCUGGGGAUAAAAGAAGAGGAGCAGGGUAUAAAUAUGUUAGUACUGAACUGGCAUCCUGCCCACCUAGCAGUUCGAAAGCACGUCGAAGUGUCAGUAGAUAAAUAGGUACCACUCUGGCGGGAAGGUAAAUGGCGUUUCCGUGCGCUGCUCUGGUUCGCCAGAAGUGGCUUAGUCAUGCUGGCCACAUGACCCGGAAGCUGUACGCCAGCUCCCUUGGCCAGUAAAGCAAGAUGAGCGCCGCAACCCCAGAGUCGUUCACGACUGGACCUAACAGUCAGGGGUCCCUUUACCAUUACCUUUUUACUGAACUGGCAACAUGCAAUAAUAUGUAUUAUAGGAAAAAUCCUAAAAAUACAGCAAUUAAAUUAAUCCAGCCGCCUGUCCAUAGUACAGGUAAAUGAAAGCAUAAAUGCAGGUAUUGUAAGCUCACAAGGCAACAGCAGUGCAUUAGCUGCUUUAAGUAUAGGGUCUUUCCCCUACAAAACUGCUGUCAAAAGAACAAAAAGGAGAAACAGCAUCUUUGUUGGAAGACAAGCUGUUAGGCAAUUCAUUCCAGAUGUUUGUUUUCCUCAACCCUUAUUGAAUAAACCUUGAACUUUUGCCAGCAGCUUUGUGUUUACUGGGUAUGUUUAUCCUGUGGAUUGCAAAUGGUCCACCUGCUCUCUCCUCAUUCCUUUCCCCCACUUGUGCAAGGAAUAUAGCCCAUUUCCAGGGGGGAAGGAAGCAAUGGAUGAUGAUGGCAGGUGAAAGAAAAUAAAGAGAGAGGCAUUCAGCACUGAACCGUACAGUCAACAAUGAGCACAAGCUUCGCAUUAAGUGCUGUCUGCAGAUAUGCAUUGGUGUUACCAGAAUGAAACUGUAUCACACUCCAGUGUGGGUAAGACUGCCAUGUUAAAAGCCUGGGCAUCAUCUUAGGUGCUGUAUCUUUCUGUGCAUCUGGCUGAGGAGGGCACAUGAUGCCUUGGAGAAGCUAAGAAGGUCUGGAUCUUGUCAGUACUUGGGAAACCUUGGCUUCCAUGACGUCAUGGAAGACAGGUGGCACUCACACAAUGCAAUAAGCAUUGUAAAGAUUAAAAAAAACACCCAGUAAGAUAGAAUUGGAAACCUAUUGCAUUCUUAACUGAUUGUAGUGAUACAGUUACAGAUUUGAUUUAAAGAUAUUCUGUUGACUUGUGAAAUAGCUGGGCCUCCGUUCUCCUUCCAUGGCUGGAAGCGUCUUCCAUUAACAGAAGUGAAACUAUUGGAUACAUUCCUGUUAACUACAACAUGGUGGUGUAGGUUUUCCUGAAAAUAAUCAGUGCAAAUAUGGAUAAUUUGUAGUGGAAAAAUUGCUGAUGCCCUAAUACUGAUCUAGUUAGCAUGCCUGUUUUGCCCUUAUUUGGUAUACAAAGCCCAAAAGAGCUCCUUUGAAAUGACCAAGUUUGCCUAAUAAUGCAUCUGCAAUUGGCAUCCAUUCUUUGUUACCAAUUAACUCGAGAGAUCUGUAGGGUGGCAACACAAGAAUGGGCCUUCUCUGCAGUGGCUCCCCCAUCUGUGGAAUGCUCUCCCCAGGGAAGUUUGCCUGGCGCCUUCCUUAUACACUUUUAGGGGCCAGGCAAGAACGUUCCUUUUUAACCACGCCUUUGGUUGAUUUGGACAUCCUAUGCCCUUUUAAAAUGUGGAGGUUUUUUUGGAAGGUGGGUUAUUAGGUUGUUGAUUUUAUUUUGAUUAUAUAUUUUGUGGUUUUAUAUUCUGAUUUUGUUCUGUGAACCACCCUGAGACCUUCGGGUAUAGGGUGGUAUAUAAAUUUAGUAAAUAAAUAAAACUUUUGCAAUGGACAUCUUUCUGCAGAAAAUUUUGCACUCCCAUCACUAUUACUAAAUUAUUGGAGUAUAAAUAUAGACUAUGGGGAAAUUGGAAAAAAAACUAUAGGCUGUCUUUUGAGACAGCGUUAUUCCCCUUCCAUGCGAAAGUAUGUAUUCCAUCAUGAGUCUCAGUGAGACGAGGGAAAUCCCAAAUCAUGUUGUCAAGGUCUUGGCUGCAAUCAAUUUUGGGUAGUAUUCCUACAGAUGAAUAAGUCAAAUCAGUCUGGCAUGCCUCAUGGCCUUCAUUUUUUUGUGGGAGGUGCAAGUGUUAAUUUAUGAAAGUUUAGCCUUGCAUUAAAGUAUCAGAAAAGUCUUAAGGAUAGGAUUCUUGAACAGCUAACUGUAUUCCAAAAUAAGUACUGUGCUCUUAACCCAGUCACAACAAUGCAUUUAGAAAUGGUUCAGUGAUCAGUGCUCAUGGUGCUGUGUUUCUGAUUUGCCACUGUGCGAACAGAAUGUUAGAUAAGAUGGACCUUGGUUAUGUUCCAGUGGGGCUCUUACAUUUUACACUAUGUUAUGUUAGAAGCUAGUUUCUAUAGGACUCAGUAUACCUCCUCCUUUUGUGUCAACUGCAUCAGCUGCCUGUACCUUUCUGUGUGCAAUUCAAAGUGUUGGUUCUGACAUAUAAAAAGCCUUACAUGGCUUUUAAAGACUAGGUUACCUGCCAGGUGCCCUUCUCCAUAGAAUCCUGCCUGAGAAUUGAUUUUCCAUGGCGGGCCUUUUUGGUGGUGCCCUCUCCUCUUUUGGAGUACGCUUCUUUGGGUGAUCUGGGCUGCUCCCUUACUGCUUAUGUCUAGCCAAGGCAGUUAAACAUUCUUAGGAGGAAGGGAGAUGUACAAACUAUUUAAAAUAAGUUCAUAGCUGACAGACUGUGGCAUUGGCACUUCUAACUUUGGAAAAGCUAACCUAAGGGCCAGAAGGCUACCUGCUGUUCACAGUUCAAAGCAGUGAUUCCCCCCCAACACCACUCCCCACACAAAGAGACUCUGAAGUUGUGCAAACACUUCUGUCAGUGGUACUUACUGACCCUUUUAGCCACUCUUGCAAAUUGCAAUCUCUUUCCUAACACUGGCAACAGACAACAGGAGUGCAAGAAGCUGUCUUAUACUGAGUCAGAUCAUUGGUUCAUCUAGUUCAUAUUGUCUGCUAGUUCAUAAAAAAUAUUCCAUAUGAUAUGUGUUACAUUGCACAUUUCUUUUUACCCUCCAUCAAAUAGUUGAAUUUCAGACAUUUCAAGAGACCGGCAUUUCAUUUCCCAUUGAGCAACUCAUGGAACUUCUACUUUCUUCUGAUAUUGGGCAGUCAUUGUUUGAGUUUAAACAAAUGAUUGUCAUCUAUAUUUUGAGAUGGAGAGCAGCCAUUUAUACUUAGAUGUUAGAUUCACUUGAAAGUACAGCAUUCCUUCUGCAUAUAUCUAAUAUAAAGUUUGUCUUACAGCUGAGCUAGUAAGUAUUCUUUACCUCUAUUGUCUGGGGCUGUAACUAAGGUACUGGCUCUGUCUUCAGCCAUUAUAUCAGCUGAGCUAAUGGUUACCUAGAGAUGUGGCAAGAGGGGAGAAAUGAGUUAAUGGACUGUGUUGAUUAAUAUGCUGAUCAAAACAGGACAACCCCAAAAUACCUGGGGUAAAUUUUCACUGACUAGUGUUACUGCCUUAUUGGGAAAAGAACCUGAUCAUUGGAAAGGGGACACAUUAAGUUAAUCAUGCUUCCCCCCCAAAAAAGGUACUUUUAGUACUGGGCGCUGCUAUUUUUAUUUUUUCCACAAAAAACAACAUGAGGCCCCAAUCUGGAUCAGGCCAGUGUGGACAAGGGAUUAAAUGUUUCACCCCCACAUUCACCGCCCCUCACCCUCUGCGGUAAAAGUGCACUAUCAGCAUGCCAAAGGGGGAGUGAUUUCUGGUGAAAAGGGGAUAUGUUUUCAUGAUCCCAACCCAGAAGGUGGUCUUGCAGAGUGACUUGCUGUGUGUAUGUAUGUGUGGAAAGUUAAGCAUUUGCCCCAGCUGGGCUCCUCCUUUAAAAAAGGCCUGAAAGGCAGUGAUUCAAACUGCUGAAAGACACAGUAGAAUGAAGUAACACAGAUUAGUUUAGUGAUUUGGUGGAUGGGAAGGAGCCUAGUGUAGACCCAAAAGCAGCUGGCAGCAUGGUAACUUGUUAAAAACAGGGAAAGUGAAGUAGCAGAGGCAUGGGAUUUCAGAUUCGUAGGAAAGCAUGUAGAUGCAGUUGGAGUUGUAGUACUUGAAUCUAUGAAAAAGCUUUGUCUCCUAAGCUUGGCAAUUCCUAACUUAAGGCUAUUCGGACAGUACAUUUUUGAUCCCUUGCAUCUUAAAAAGGGCUUUGAGAUAACUUUUUCCUUGGACAGAAAAUUAGUACAACAGCAGCUUUUUAGCUUGGAGCAGUGUGCUGAUAGAAGCAGUCUGUGUGGUGCACACUUUCUUGAAUCUGCAGUGCAGCGUCGACUCUUCCCAACUUCAUGGUAUGUUGCUGCAGAGCUAAUUAUAAAGGGCUGCUUGGCAGCGUGUGUAAACAUCCUGCCAGGGUUUUUGCCUCAUUGGGUAGCCCACAGAUUUCUGCGUAGCACGAGAUGACUCAUGCUGUUGCAAGCUGUCAGUUAUUCUCAUAUGAGUCAUGCUUGUAUGCCAGUCCCUCUGCUUUAAAGGUGUCCAAAUGUCCAGAUCUUUCUAUUGAGCUGUUUUGCAGAGGUGAUAUGGCAAAGGCAUUCCAGUCUGUUACUCAUUAGCGGGGAGGGUGUCCCCACUUCAUCGUUCUGAAAUCCCAUACCCAGUGGUUUUGGUGUGCCUCUGUUGCUAAAUGGAUUGCAGAUGACAAAUGAAACUCAGAGAAAAUUGCAACAACAAAAAUGAUCAAAAUGCAAGGGGGCAGGAGGGAGAGGUUAAAUAUUACCCCCCUCCAGUCAUUUGAAAUUGAUGUUUGAUUUUGCUUGUUGAAAAGGUAAAAGGUGGCACAAUGUUUUCAUUGGUGUUAAUCUCACUGGGCUGGAUCCUGACUCUUCUCCGUGGGUAUAAGGGAUCCUUUUGUGAACACAACUAUCCUGAUUUUUAGAAGUUCUUUCAAUUUUUUAAGAAAAGUUGGGAACCAUGUUAUUUUUAAUUGAAUGGUGUUGAGCUGUUUAGGCAUACUUUAUAGUAGUUUAGCAAGCUAUAUCUGCCAAUAUCAGAACAGAACUCUCAUCCCACCCAGCACUUUCCUUACUGAUAAAUCUCUAUUUGUAACUGGACAGGAAAUAAGUUACCGUAUGUGUUUUUAAACAUUAGUUUUGAGUUGGAGAAAACCCACCGAAAACAAGGCACCUUAUCAACAUACCAAUGGUUUUUCACACAUACCUGCACCCUAAUUGGCUGUCUAUGGCUGAAAAUAAAAAUUGAUAAUGUGUUCAUCCAACCACUGUACUGAUUCCUGCUGCUUUCAUCAGCAGGCCUUUAUAUUAUUUUAUUUAAUAGAUUUAUUAACUACUAUUCAGAACACAAUAUUUUUGGACACCAGCUUACAGCCAUUUAAAACAAUGGUUUAAAACAAUCACUAUCAUAAUAACAGCAAUAAAAAACAUUAAUAUGUCACAGCCAGUGAUAUCCAUAUAAGGCUAGAACAGAAGCUGCUGCCUUUUGGAUCAUCUCAUUAUUAGACUCUAUUUCAUUUUCCUUAUGCGUGGUGGAAUUGAACACUGGAAGUAGUAGUUGCUGUAGGGUGGGGCAGGUCCAGCAUGAAUGCGGUCAUGCACUUAUCCAUGGAUUAGUUUUGGGUGCAGGAUUGAAAGACAACUUGCCCAGAGGUCAUGUAGGGUGGACACAUGUAUCCUUUAAACACCAAGUUCAGGGCUUUGGGGAGAACACAAUCCCUGAGCAGGUACGAGAAGACGGAUGGCAUCCUGCCUUAAAGAAAAUUGUGAUCGCUCAGGUCACAAAGCAUUAGCACCUGCUGUUCCAGCUUUGCAGGGUGAUGUUGAGGGAGCAUAUCUAUUGGGCUGCUAUUGAGAACCUUCUGAAAACCCACAGUUCUACCCAAGGGAAAUAGACAAGUUUGGGGGUACAAGGGUACUGUUGACAGAUGCCCAGGGAUAUGUGUUUGGCAAGCUUGUAAUGCCUCUUCAAUCAUGUUAAGAAAUGGAAGAAUGGAAAAGUUAAUUGGACAAGCUCUUGUGUUUUGUUAUAAUCACCCUGCAGUGACCAUUUUUUCCUUAGACUGUUCUUUUGCAUGUGGUAGAGCCUGCCAACCUUGGAUUCAUUUGCAGCCUGAAGAUACUGUCAUGGGCAACACACACCACAACUAAGCACACAUUGCAGCCAGUUCUUCUGGCUACAACAAAAUGCUUCUUUCAAGCUUAAUUUCAGUGGAAGGGGACGGGGGGGGGGCAACGAAAGCUGCUAUGGGCACAUAUGUAUACACAGAUGCUACAUUGGUGACCCCUUGUGUGUGACAUAGGGCAUAUCUAUGCAACUAGAUAUAAACAAUCUUAAGGAAACGGACUGAGGAGUCAUCUAGUUUAGUGUUCUGUUUCUAGUGGGUGCUUCCAAGAAGCUUACAAGCAGGAUAUGAAAGGAAACCAGUACCUGGCAUUUAGAGGUAAACUGCCUCUGGACACAGUCUUGGCCAAUAGCCCUUUAUAGGUCUACACCGUAGGGAAGACUCUUUAUUACCAUUGGUUUCGUAUAUCACAAGCUUUGCAGUUUUGUUUUUGGGUUUACCAUACAAUUUAUUGACUGUCCUUCAGCACAUCUGGCAAGAUUAAACUGCCAGAUAUAUUGGUGCUAACAAGGAAGGAGAAGAUGAGAAUUUGUCUUCUGGUUCAGAUACUUCAGGUGGUGCAGAAUGUGGUGGCCAGACUGCUGGUGGGGGCAUGUGGUUGACAACAUGAAAAACCAUUUGUAUAACACCCACAGUGGCUGCUACCAAGACAGGUUUACGGUCUAUGCAUUAUCAAGCCCCGAACAACUUAGGCCCAUGUUAGGACCACCUGAAGCCUUGUAUCCCAGCCAAAUCACUAAGACCAUCUGCAGGAUCACCACUGGUUGUUCCCAAGUGGGUGAGGUUAAUCUAACAGUGACAGGAAACUGAGCCUGUGUAAUGCUUUUCCAACAGAGACCUAGCAGUCACCUUUUGUUUUAACCUUUAAACAUGUGCUGGAAAAAGUUCUAUGUCACCAAGUUUGUGCAAGCAAUUAAGAAACUAUUGAUGAUCUCUGAUUUUAAAUAUUUAUGUUGUUUUUAUUGUAUGUAUGUAUGGCGGCUAUGGGACGUGGGUAGUGCUGUGGUCUAAAUCACAGAGCCUAGGGUCCGCAACGGGGUGAGCUCCCAUUGCUCGGUCCUAGCUCCUGCCAACCUAGCAGUUCGAAAGCACGUCAAAGUGCAAGUAGAUAAAUAGGUACCACUCUGGCAGGAAGGUAAAACGGCGUUUCCGUGUGCUGCUCUGGUUCACCAGAAGUGGCUUAGUCAUGCCUGCCACAUGACUCGGAAGCUGUCUGCAGACAAACGCCAGCUCCCUUGGCCAGUAAAGCGAGAUGAAUGCCGUAACCCCAGAGUCUUCCGCCACUGGACUUAUUUUUUCCUUUGACUAGAGGCAUACAAAUAUAUUUAUAAAUAAGCAAAUAUUUUAAUUUUACAGGACAAGAUUUUGACUCGGCAGAUGCAUUUGGCGGUAAGUUAAUUACAACCUAAUGAAGUAAACUUAAGAAUAUUUAAUGGGUUUUAUAGUAACCAUGAUAUUGUGAUGUAGAUUUUAGUCUAAAUCAGAUCUUAACCCUGUCUUAGCUUCAGAUGCAUCAUGCUGCAUUAUCUCAGUUUGAUAAAUCAAGAGGGAUAAUGCUGAUUUAUAGAGCCCAAUAAUUUUAAACAAGGUGGAUAAUGUAGAAUUGAGGGUAGGAGGGGAAGGAAAUGUUAAAUUACUUUAAUGUAAAAAUCUGCAGUGCCAUGAGAUUGAGCUGUGAUUAACAUACCAGCACAGCAUUAUAUAUUCAAGAGAGCUGGAAAACUAAUUACCAGGGUGUACACUGGAUUCAGAUGGAUUUGAGGCUGAACUAAAUCUUAUGGUCAGUGCACACCUCUACUCAGUUAUGUGAGCCUAAGGGGCUUUAGACAUGCUGGCACAGGGGCUGGGGGAGCAGUAGCCUCUUGCCCAACUGCUUUUGAAAGUGAUGGGAAUUGCAAAUAUAGUUUGGUAUUCAACCCCCCACACCCAGGUGAAAACAUUUAUUCUGAGCUAGCACAAAUCCCUUGUGGGAACCUAAGCAGCUCUUUCAGUUCACGCCCCCCCCCCAUGCACACCCACACCCACACAAGGUGUGGUCUUUAAAGCUUGACCAUGUGCACUGUCCAAAGUGAAUUCCUACCUUCCAUUCCCCACCCCCUGCUUUGGCACAAACUUUGCUUUGCCUCCUACCCCCUUCGGAUGACCAGUUUAGGGUUUGGCACAGCUCUACUUUACUCAUUGUGCAAAUGAGCAGCAAAGGCUCACACCUUGUAUCUGGUUUCUUUGUGUAUUUUUAAAAAUAAUGAAUAUAUGUUACCCACCCUUCGCAAAACAUCCUGGGUGAGGUCUAGUAAGAAUAAAAAUGCAGUCAAGCAACUAUCUUACCAGCAAAAAUAAGUGCAGCCCUGUCCAGUGUGUGUGUGUGUGUGUGUGUGUGUGUAAUGCUGAAUCAGUCCUAGCAAGUGCCCCCUUUGGUAACUGGUCAUUGAAGUUAUACUAAGCCCUGUGUGUUUUUAAUAUGGCAGAUCCUGAAGAUGUAACACAGAAGCCGAUUCCACCUAACAAAAAGCCAACACAACGUGAGUAUAAGAGUAAUCAGAACAUUGAUUUUCUAUUCCUAUACAAUUAUUUUUCAGUGUGCGUGACUAGGUUUGGGUUAUAAAUGGCAUUGUAUGUCAUGAGUUGUCAUCCAUCCGUCUCAGGAAACAAUGGAGGAGUGUGCUCUGAUGAGUAUAAGACAAGUAGAUGCUAAAUUUGCCUUAGUCCAAUGUUUUGCUUUGUUUUUUGCCCGAUGUGUGAGUGAACUUUCCAUAACACUGAUAAUUCAUGCAUAUAGGGUCUAAUAAUGCAGCCCACUUCAGGCUAGGUAUAGGGCAGGACAAACAUCCAAAUAAUGCAUCCUUGACUACAUGUGUACAUGAAUGUGAACACGUGUCACCAACAAAGGUGUGAUUUCCAAGAUAUUGGGCCUAGAGUCAGGUCAUGCCAUGGGGACAUGGCCUUUCCAGACUAUUUACAGAGGGGAAAUUGCAGCAGAACACAGACUUCCAUUUGGGUGAAAAAUAAAAGCAUUGGUUACAAAAUUGAAAAGGGGUCAGUGGGUAAAGAUAUACGUGCAAAUGCUGCUUGAACACCAUCCUGCCUGGACCAACCACUCUUCUCAAGUAGUUCUUUGAACAGAGAGAUAAAAACAGGCAAGAACAAUUGCUGUUGCCAUAUGUUACGGCAGAUAAAGUGGGUGGGCUGCUAGGGAGCUACUAUGCUGUGCUGGACCCCCCCCCCCCCCAGUGUGCUCCCUAAAUCUGUUCUGAAAGUUCCUGCAAUGCUUCAGAGCAAAAUCAGAGACAGUGCAAGGUACAUCUGGUGGGAAGUCUCAUUGGGCUAGUUUUAUUAUUGGUGCUAGUGAAACUAUUUUAUUGAGUACCAUCCUUUCUGCUUUAAAAUAUCAAUCAUUUUAACCUAUAGUAUUUCAUUGGCAACCCCAUGAGUGCCCAAUUCAAAUAGGGUUCUAUGUGCAUUGUGAAAACACCCGCCCCAUGUGUGUCACUUACUGUUAUCAUUUUUAAAAAAUCUAAAUCGUUUUACCUGAAAUAUUUUAUUUCUGGGAGAAAAAUUACAACCGUGUUGUCUUCCCUGUUUAGGUGAUGAUGGCUUUAACUUGGCAGCUCUGUCCAGUUUCUGUGUGUGUGUGUACACAUAAAAUGAUGAAUCACUAAUCAGUCCUAGCAACUACCCCCUGGUAACUAGUCAUUCAAGUGAUAUUAAGCCCUGUGUGUUUUUAAUAUGGCAGAUCCGACAGAUGUAACACAGAAGCCGAUUCCACCUAAUAAAAAGCCAACACAAAGUGGGUAUAAGAGUAAUCAGAACAUUGACUUGCUAUUCCUAUACAUUUAUUUUUCAGUGUACGUGACUAGGUUUGGGUUAUAAAUGGCAUUGUGUGUCAUGAGUUGUCAUCCCUCCGUCUCAGGAAACAAUGGAGGAGUGCGCUCUGCUGAGUACAAGACAAGUAGAUGCCAAAUUUGCCUUAGUCCAAUGUUUUGUUUUGUUUUUUUGCAAAUAUGCGAGUGAACUUUCCAUAACACUGAUAAUUCAUGCAUAUAGGGUCUAAUAAUGCAACCCACUUCAGGCGACGUAUAGGGCAGGACAAACAUCCAAAUAAUUUAUCCUUGACUACAUGUGUACAUGAAUGUGAACACGUGUCACCAACAGAGGUGUGAUUUCCAAGAUAUUGGGCCUAGAGUCAGGGCAUGCCAUGGGGACAUAGCCUUGCCAGACCAUUUACAGAGGGGAAAGCAUGAAGUACUAAUAACUGUUCCAAAGUUUCUCAUUGCGCAACAGAAUGUGUUCCUCCCCCUCCUCCCUGUGUACUCCCUAAAUCUGUUCUGGAAGUUCCCCCAACCCUUCAGAGCAAAUUCGGGGACAGUGCAAGGUACAUGCAGUGGGAUAUCUCAUUGGGCUAGUUUUAAUCUUCGUGCUAGUGAAUCUACUUUAUUGAGUACCAUCCUUUCUGCUUUAUAAAAUAUCAAUCAUUUUAACCUAUAAUAUUUCAUUGGUCAUUGACAUUGACCAUGAGUACCCAAUUUAAAUAGGGUUCUACAUACAUUGUGAAGCGCCCCCCCCCGCCCCCCCGGUGUGUGUGUGUCACUUACUAUUAUCAAUAAUAAUAAUAAUAAAAUCUAAAUCAUUUUACUUGGAGUAUUUCAUUUCUGGGAGAAAGAUUACAACUGUGUUGUCUUCCCUGUUUAGAUGAUGAUGAUGGCUUUAACUUGGAAGAUGCCUUUGGUAAGUAUUGUCUGCACUCCAUGCAAGUCUAGUUUGUAUGUUGCUUUUGAAGACAGUCGCAAAUUCAAAGACAAUAGCAUGAGGAUCUUUGGAAGUCCUUUGUACAAAUAGCACUUCAGACCUCUGCAAACCUAAGGUUUCAAACAGCCCUGUGUUGUGCGAGAUGCUGAUGAGUGGAGAUUUCAGUGCUGCUUUCUGCAGGGGUCUGAGCAGGAUUUAAACUCAGCUUGUCAACUGUUGAGUGGCAGUUAAAUCCUGCUGCUUUGGCUGCACACACCACUUGCCUGUGAGGAAGUGGCACUUGCAGCUAAAUUGAACUCUUCCAGCUCCCUCAGCAGCUGAUGUCACCCUCCCAGAUAGAUAGGUGGCUGUGGUUUUGGAAAAAAAUGGCCUCGUGUGCCAAGACUGGCCCAAGAGCCAGAGCUUCCCUAUCCCAGUUGAGCAGCAUAAGCAAAUAUAAUGGACAAAGCAGUAUCCCAACUGUACAGUUGCAUCAAACAGUUUACUUAAAAUCGGCCAGAGAAUUGCCUUUUCCAUCUUCCGCAGAUUUUAGGAAAUGGUGCUGCAAGAUAGUCUACAGUCACACUUUGCACACUAUAAAAACCUUUGCCAGAUGUUGCAAGAAUGCUAGUCCCAUCAUCCCCGACCAUUGGUCAUGCUGGCUAGGGGUGAUGGGAGUUGCAGUCCAAAAUACCUUGGGGCACCAAUUUCAGGCAUCUGACCCAGCACUACAGAUGCUGUUUGUGUUUGCCUUUCCCUUGCUCUGUGUAUGCAUUCUUUAGUCACUGCGGGUAAUCUGUACAUCCCUCACCUGGAUACAUUUAUAAUUUGGGGGAGUUGGCAGGUGAUAUUCUUAGUGACUGCGGGGAAGUAAUAUGUAUAUUACAGUGGCUUAUUGAGCUGCUUUUACUCCUGUACCAAAAGAAACUUGAGGGAAGAGAGGGGAGGUUAUUUAUCCUGCUUGGUCUGGAACAACUCCUCCCCAAGGAGCUUAGGGUCUUCUAAAUAGUUCUCCCCAUCCCCAUUUUAUUCUCACAACAAUGCUGUGAGAUACAUUUUGCUGAGAGACAGGCCCAAGAUCACCUAAUCAGUUCCAUGGCUGAGUGAAGAUUUGAACCCUGGUUUCUCAGAUCCUAAUAGCCCUGUGCCAAACCCCUCCUUAAAUUUGGAUGGGUUUCUGAGGGUAUGAAAGCUGCUGAACAAGAAAGUGAUGGAAUAACCUGAGAGCAUGCCAGGAUGUCAUGUACACACAGCUGUGGUAUUGGCUUUAAGCUAGAUUCCAAGUUUUACCAUUGUGGAUGGGCUUGUCAAGUACAUAAUUCUACCUAAGAAGCAAGGAAAAUGGGAUACCAUUCCUACAAAAUCAGACUAUCAAGGUAUUUUCUACUUCUCAUAUUUUGAAGUUUGUUAUCUCUCUCUCUCUCUCUCUCUCUCUCUGUUAGUUGAUGACCCCAAGAAGCCAGAACCACCAGCACCACCUCAGCCAAAUCCUGGAAGUCAUGGCAAUACCGGUGGUAAGCUUCUCUAGAAAUAUUACAGUGGUGCCCCGCAAGACGAACGCCUCACAAGACGGAAAACCCGCUAGACGAAAGGGUUUUCCGUUUUGGAGGUGCUUCGCAAAACGAAUUUCCUAUGGGCUUGCUUCGCAAGAUGAAAAUGUCUUGCGAGUUCCUGCGGGUUUUUUUUCCUUUCUCCCCCCUUUUUCCCAAGCCGCUAAGCCUCUUAUCAGCUGAUCCGCUAAGCCGCUAAGCCGCUUAACAGCUGAUCGCUAAGCCACUUAUCAGCUGAUCCGCUAAGCCGUUUAACAGCUGAUCCGUUAAGCCACUAAGCCGCUUAUCAGCUGAUCCGCUAAGCCACUUAUCGGCUGAUCCGCUAAGCCCGCUAAGCCGCUAAUAGCGCUAAUCCGCUAAACCGCUAAUGGGCUUGCUUUGCAAGACGAAAAAACCGCAAGACGAAGAGACUCACGGAACGGAUUCUUUUCGUCUUGCAAGGCACCACUGUACUUCAGAGCGUAGCCUGACAGUAUCAGUUAUGGUCAGUAAACUAAAAUCUAAUAUGAGAUUAAAGAAGAGAGGUGAUAACUUUCAUCUGUGCUUCAGUGAAUCUUCAGAUCUUUAUAGUUCACCAUCUGCAAGAUUUACAGCUCAGUGCUGAUAUAACACUGUUGAUGGCUUACCCAUAGCUAAGGGAUAUGGUGUGGGCUGCAGGCACAUGCACUCUCUCUUUCCCCCUCUCAUUCUCACUUCCUUCCUUUGUCAGCAAUAAUAUAAUGGAGCUUUAUAUCAGCAUUGAUUCUGGUUUAGUUUUAACCAGAACUUGAAGUGAUUUGUGAACCUGGUUAGAGCUCACUUAGUGAGCUACUGCACCAGACCUUUUGCAGGGGACAUGGAGAAAUUUAUAAAGCAUAUAUGUAAUGUAAGGCACUGUAGGUGGAGAGUGCUGCCAUCAUGCCAUCAUGCACACGGGUGCUUGAUGCCAACGUGUUUCACAAAAUGGCACUAGCAUGGCUGUUCACCUGCCCCUCUUGAGCAACUCAAUGUGAGUCUUACACGUUCUCCAUAACCAGCUUAGCUGAAUUAUGUGGGCUUUUCUUCAUGGUAAACAUGCUUGGGAUUGUAGCUAUAUUUAUGGUCCCUGGAAAAGUGCCACAAACACCAUAGUGUACAGAUUGCCAUAGGAAAUAUAUGUUGUGGGUUUUUAGAAGACUUCAUUCUAACAAAUAUUCUCUUUUCAAAGAUUUUAGUGAUUUGGAUUUAAAUGAUGGUCAGGCACCCCCAGAUCCACCAAAAGGUAAGUUUCUAGUGCAAACUGUUAUAAAUAUACUUAGAUAUGUCACAUUUGUGUUUUUUUAUAAUACUGAGGGAUUAUGACGGGGGUUCUCUGGUCCAAUAAUAAUAAUAAUAAAUAAUAAUAAGUAAUAAUAAUAAUAAUAAUAAUAAUAAUAAUAAUAAUAUGUUUCCCUAAAUCAGUUGAGAUUUAAUUUAGCUGGAUUGACUUGCAUUAACUAAGCAAACCUUUUUAAAAUAUUAAUUUAAACAUUUUUAACAGUUUUCUACUAGCCAAAAUAUGUUGAAAUGUUUUAUUUGGGGGUGUGGUGUGUGGGACAAACUAAAAAGAUGGAUUGUGCUGUGAUCUUAGCUUUGGUGCUUACAGAAAUUCAACAUUUUACUUGGAAAUCAUCUUGAUUAGAAUACCUGUAGGUAUUUUGAGAUGGGCUUGGGAACUUGCAUCUCUCCAGGUGAUAUAGGACUACAAUCCCAUCAUUCCUGAUCUUGGGCUGAUGGGACCUGGAGUCCUACAAUGGCUAGAAGGCCACGUGUUCCCCAUCUCUUACAGAUGUUUCCCUUCGAUGCUGAGGGGGUGGGGGUUAGGGGCAAUGACACUGAAAACAUUGUGCAUAAAUACAUGUUUCCCAGGGACAGGCAUCUGAAAGUAAGUUAAUUACAACUUUUUUAAAACAAGAUUUUACUAACAUUUCUAUUCAAUGUGCUAUUAAUUUAUGAAACAGGAAAUGUCUAAAAAUGGGUUGAGAGUUGAGAAAGCUUGUAAAAGUAUAGCCAUGGCAAAUGCUCAACUAUACAUCCUUGGUUUAUUGAGCAGCUGUGGUUGACUGGGUGGGGAUAGGAGCAUAAGCAGUGAAAAUCUUGCUCCAGAGCAAUCAGAACUACCACAAAGCUGUGGGGGCAGCAAAGAGAUCCUACUCCAAUAUCUGCAUCACAUCCUUGAGAAGCCAACCAGCAGAGUUGUUUUGUAUGGUCUGGAGGUUGAUCACUCCUGACAAGGGGGUGUGGUGGAUCUCUGGAGCACAUGGUGCCUUUUCUGUAACCAAUUGGCUAAACACUUUGAGGAUAAAAUUGGCCAGCUCUCCUGUUGUGGCAUUGCCAGCCCAAGUGUCCAAUGCCACAUUGUUGGAUCCAGUGUUGUGGGAUAGAUUCCAGUUAAUUUGGUCUGAUGAUGUAGACAGAAUACUGCCAGUGCUGGUUAGAUCCUGUCAGUUAGUUGGAGUGGAGCGACUGAAUUGGCCCCGGAUGUGAUCAAUGCCUCAUUGUUGUAAUCACAUGCCUCCCACUACUCUUAAAGACACAGUGAUGCAUAUUUUCUUAAACAGCCUGCUCUGAAUCCAGCAGAAUAUAGUGACUAUAGGCAAAUCACCAACAUCCCUUUCUUUGCAACUAUGGCUGAGAAGGUGGUAGUGGAGCCACUGCAGGCAUUCCUGGAUGAGGCUGAUUACCUGGAUCUGCUGUGAUCUGAGUUUCAGACCUGGUUUCAGAAUUGAAUCAGCCUUGUUUGCCCUGAUCAAGAAAGAGACAGUGGGUGUGUGACUCUGUUACUUCUGCUUCAUCUCUUAGCAGCUUUUGAUACCAUCAACUAUAUGAAGUGGCUUCAGGUUUUCAUACAUUACUUUCUCUUAGCCCCCACUGCCAAUAUUAGUAUAGCAACACAGCUGAUAUAGCUCGUGCUUUCUUUACCAUGAAAAGCCCACUUUGUAAUAUAAAUAUACUAAUAAUGAAUUAUUAUUAAUAGUUUUUGCAUGAAAUUAAACCUGAGUUGAAAGAGAGUGAAUGCUCAUAUUUGCAAAUUCCUUUUGCUUUGGAGUGGAGAAACUACGGUCCAGUCACAGCAACACUAAACUCUUGAAUUUCUUAAUUUUUUCUCAAGACCACAAUCAUUUUCUAUUAGGGACGAUGGGGGGAAAACAGCUUCAGAGUGAACCAGGAAGUCUUUCUCUGUUAUCCUAAUGUAGAGGGGGAACCAGGGAACACCCAAAAAUUGCUUCAGUGGAGAAAGGACUUCCUGCUUCAUUCUGAAGCUAUUACUGGGUCUUCUCAGGGCAUGUAUAACUCUAAAUUUCCUUAUAGCACUUGACAGUCUUGGUUAUUGGCUAAAACACUGAAUAUGGAAGCAGGCUUAUAUCUUGCAAACCAAUUGCUUAGUAUACUGCCUGCACAUUUUGCUUUAUUAACUUUUGUUCCGCAAGGACUAAAGGCUUGCUUUUUAAAGAAAUGAAACUCAAGAAUAUGUUCCCCUGCUGGCCCUGGACCCAGUAUCUGUUGAAUUAGUUCCCAGUCCUGAAAUGACAGCUUUGGGAAUCUACUUUUCUAUACCCCAUUGUACAUAAUAGCAGUUUCAGCAUUCCUGACCAGACAGAAGCUCAUAACACAGUUAAUAACACUGACUUUUUAUUUAUGUGUAAUAGCUUAAUAGUUUUAGUUUUCUGUUCUAACCAUUCAAGGAGCUAAUGGCACAAGUGAGUGUCUGUAGUGGUGGCAUUUGUACUGCUCAGAUUUGUCUACAUGCUCCUUGAAACUCCCUGUGAAGGUCCUUCAUAGAUAGGACACACUUAAAUGAUCAUGCAUGAUAAAUGCAUGAAUCACCUUGAUUGAGCAUGAUAAAUGGCUGGAUAAUCUUUGAGUUUUUAUCUGGGGCUGGUUUUGCAAGGCUCAUGCAGAAGACUCUGAUAGUUUGAAUGUUAUUCUACAUUUUAAGUAAAGAAAUACAAACACAUAGUUGGAAUUGGUUAUGUCUGCAUGUAUUCUGUGCACGGCUAAUUGAUGCUAACUUUGUGCACAGCUAACUUACUCAUAAUUUCUCAGUUACUUUUCUAAGAAUAAUUUAUGUUGAUUUUGCUUCUCACGCUGUUAUGCACAAUUUUUCUUUCUUAAUGUAGGCCGUGCUUCUAAUCCUUCUGCAGGUAUGUGAGCUGUGCAAUGUUUGCUUUUCCAUGUAGCAAGAUAUUUGCAACUGUUGUAUGUUAUAGCACACAUGUCCUUGUUACAUUGUUGUUGUUGUUUUACUUGUAUCUUGCAAGUCUCUUGCAAGUCUUGGUGAUACUGCUCAUCAUAUGCUUUCCAUGGGGUUGUGAGCUACUUGAAGGCACGCAAGGUUCUAAAAAGAAAACAAGAAAACAAUCCAGUUUAAUUGUACAGGCAGUCCUUAAUACCUUUUAUCAAAACAAAUUUAUUUUAAGGAUAGCCUAACUCAAAACAAGGCAAGAGAGCAAUUGCUUGUAGUUCUGGACCUCAGUCUGAUAGAAAUAUGAUUACAGUCAUACCUUGGAUCUCAAAUGCCUUGGCUCCUGAACAAAGCAGCUCCUGAACAAUCUAAAUUUGGAAGUGAGUGUUCUGGUUUUUGAACUAUUUUUGGAAGCUGAAUGUCCGACGCUCCUGCAGCCAAUCUGAAUCCGCACCUUGGUUUUCGAACGGUUCCGGAACACAUUCUGUUCGAGAACCAAGGUACAACCAUAAUAAGAAAAACAGAAGACAUAUCUAUGGACAUUGAUGAGCCAGUCAUGGGUAAAACAAACACAAACAAAAGGAUUGGCAAGACUGCAGGUAGAGUGAGGAGACGAUCUAUCAUGUCUGGUCAGAUACCAAGGGAUGGACUAGGUGAGGUUAAACUGCAAAUGUAGAACAAUAAGCAAGGGACCAAGAUGAAUUGCAGACUAUGCUACCUUUUCACAGUAUCUUCAGUACAUCAGCAGUAGAAACAGUUGGUGUAGACCUGUGUAAUAAGACUGCGGCUCUAGUCUGACUAUCUAUUCUCUCUGCUGCCAUCUCACUUUUCUAUAGAAGUAGUGCAACACUAACAACACUUUUACAUUUCUUUCCCUCCGACUCACAUAUUGGGAAGGGCAGUUAUGUGAUUGCAUUCAGCGUUCUCAGAGGGCUGUUGUGUAUCAUUUCCCUCUGACUUAACUGCUCAUAUCCAGAGUAUUUCAUAGUACAGCACUGCUAUCUGGAAACUGAAAGGGUUACAGCUAAUUGUUGGAAGGGAAUGUUCUAAAUAUCUCCUCCAAGGAACUCUGGAAGGCUUAUAAAAAAGGGGGGGGGGAUCGCCCUGCCUUCUGGGAGUCUUAGGCCAUGCCCAGCCCAAAGAUAAACAGCAAAAUACAUCUGGAAAUAAAAUGCAUGCCAAACUAAAAUAUUUAGAAAAUAACCAUCAUUGAAACACCAACCCAGAAAUUUCUGCUAGUGGCAAUGAAACAACAACAGUUUGGAAAGUUCCAUGUGAUCUAUAAAGUCUUCAGUUGCUGUCUCUCAACAAUGAAGGGGACAGAGGUAACCUGAAGCAGAGAUCAUUCCAAAGUCAAAGCCCUUUAGGGAUAAGUGAUAGAGUACCUUUGGGUAAGCAUUUCUGACAAGGAGACCAGCCAACUUUGAAAAAGUGUACCACACUAUUUAUAUCUUUCAGUGAUUAAUAAUAUGCACCUUGCCUUUGAUUGCUAUUCAUAGAAGAAGAAGGAACAAUAUGUGAAGAGGCUUCAGGUUUAGAUGUAAAUAUUUAUCUUGGUAAUAGCACUGGCCCUUCACAUACUGCUUAUUUGUUAAUACAAGAAUCCUUCUGACCAUCUUUUACUCUGCUAGUAUUUGAAUUGGAAGGUAGAACACUUUUUACUGCAGUUGCCUCAUAGGGGGAAUAAAGAGCUACUGUUUGCAAAGCAUAUUCUAACAAAGUUGUUUUCAUAGGUGGCUCAGACUCUGGUGGCAAAGCGGAAGGUAAGCUUGUGAAGUUUUUUUAUGGCACUUAUAACUUUGGAUUCUUAAGUCAUCCCUAAAAGUUAACCUUUCGUGCUGCAGCAGUUUAUAUGUUUUAUCCUUGCUGUGUGUGUUCUAGUUCAUCAGGUCAGUUGUGGGACAGAACUAUUAUGAAUGACAUCUUACUGUGAUAUUAAAUCAUAUCCAAGGGGGAGCACAAUGUCUGACAAAAGCAAAGUCCAAAAUGGUGGUGUUCACACAUCACAGUCAUCCAGGGUUGUUGGCUUCUCACAUGUAAUGUACCUAAUUAUUAUUUUUUUAAUUACAGUUGGGAAGGGGGCACAAAACCAUUUUUUUUUGCUCAUUGAAACUAAUGGACUUUAUUUAGUCCAAUUCAUUAAUUUCAGUGGGCCUACUCUGAGUAAUAGUUAGUUGACUACUACUCAAGUUUGCUAGAUAGUAUUCAUUUUUGUGAAACAAUAAUACUUUUUCUUUUACACAGAAAAACUUUCUGUAACUGUUAUCAGAGGCAUCAAUUCAUUUAGUUGCAAACUGUAGGCUAUAUUCUGAUAAUAUAAUAUUAAUCUAUUCUUUAAGAUAGGGAUGGACAAGAUGUGGUUCUCCAGCCUACAGCUUGCACUACAACUCCCAUGAUGGCCAUCCUGCCUGGUUCUGAUGGGUUUGGGAGUUCAACAAUAACUGCAGGGCCACAGGCAUCCUACUUUUGUUUUAAGAGAAGGCAGUCACAUUGUAAAAGACACACAUAUACACAAAAUAACAUGGUCUUAAAUUUCUUUCUGUUUAUAUAUAAAAAUGCAAAGCCGUGGUCAUGCUGCAGUUUAUGAUGGCCCUGUCAACUCCAGUGUGAAGAGCAGCCGGCAGGCAGGCAAGCAAACAAGCAGUGUGGGUGGCAGGCAGCCCAGUUAUGAUGUUUAAACAUGGCUGCAGUGAGGUUUGACAUUAGGGAACAGGUGCUUCACACAAUGGUUUAGCAAGCCAUUGUGUGAAGCCCCUCCUCACUUCUUUAAAAAAGGCUUGGGAUUGGGGUGAGUUGGGAAGGGGGGCUCAGGCAACCUGUUGGGUAGGUAGGGUAAGGAGUUGGUGAAGAGUAAAGGGGUGGGGUUUGCUCAAGUGGGUGGGAAGAGGGGGUGGCAACAGGGUGGGUGAGGUUUGUAAGCAAAAGCCUUGGGUCUUUUAAAAAUAUAAUUUGAUUUGCAUCCAUCCUAUCAUUCCUUACAGUUGGCAGGAACCUGUUGUCACUAUAUGAUUCAGCCCCCCCCCCCCCCGAGCAUUGUUUGAGCUUUUUGUAAGGAAACAGAAAAUUGAUGACCCUUCAAAUUUCUGCUGAAGCUCUCGCAUUUGUCAUUACUUCUGGGAGGAAGUCUAGCCAUCUGUUCCCCUUUCAUUCCAUCUGUUCUCCUUUCUAUACACUUGCUUGAAACUUCUCAUGAGCAAGCAUCCCUUAUCAGAUCUGACAAUCGCUGAGCCAUUGCUUCCUCUGGAAGCAGAUUGGACAGCAGUGAGUUGUAGCGUAAGAACACAGCAAUUGCUCUGUGGCCCAUCAGGCCAGUGGCCCAUCUGAUUCAUCAUUGUGCUCUCACACUGACUAACCAGAUACCUAUGAGAUGCCUCCAAGCACAUCCCGAGAGCAUUAGAGAACUCUCCCCGCCUGCACUUUUCAACAUAUGGUAUUCAGAAGCAUAUUGCCUCCAACUAUGGAGACAGAGUGGCUAGUAGCCAGUGACAAAUAUAACCUCCAUGAAUUUGUCUUUAUCUUCUCUUCCGGCCAUUCAAGUUGGAGGUCAUCGCUGUCUGUCCUGAAUCUUCCGACAUCUUCUGUGUUGAUUUCCAUGAGUUCUAGUGGUGUGAGAGAGGGAGAAAAACCCACCUGUAUUCAUCUUCUCCAUACAUAAUUCACACAUGAUUUUAUGUGUGAGCCUAUGAAGUAAUGACUGGUUUGAAUACUUGGGUGUUCUUCCUUUCCGCCAUGCCUGAACUCACCAUGGACUUGUUUAAGAAUAUGGAUUUUUCAGCUAGAAGUCAAUGAUAUUGAUGUUGGAAACCUACAUUUCACAAUAUCUAGCUUGGAUUUUAAAUGGAAGAAUUAGCAUUUCUUUUAAUUCAACUUUUUUAAAAAAAUUAUUUAUUAAAAUUGUAUACAGUUCUUUAUCCAUAGAAUUCAGGGCGGUUCAUAGCAUAAUAACUAAGUAAUUGGAACUAGAGAUCUUCCUGCCUUAGGAAGUACUACUGGGUAGUAAAUACACGAUCAAGCAGUCACAAACAUUAUGAAAUGUUACAUUUAUUUCUAAAUUUGCAUUAUUUGAAAGCUGUGAGUGGGUGUCUUUUAAAGAAAAAGGAGCAAACGCUAUUGAAUACAGUGAUUUCUUCCAAGUGCAUAUUCUCUGGUGUCAUUAAAUUGCUCUUAAAAAUGCUUUCUCUGUUAUUUUUAUUUAUAUGGCUUUUGAGAAGUGGAUCUGAUUAAGCCUGCUUUGUACCUUUUCACAGAAAAUCCAGGAAUGUUAGCUGGAAUUAUUAGCUCAGUACUUGUAGCAGUAGCUGGGGCUGUGUCAAGCUUUAUAGCCUACCAGAAGAAAAAGCUCUGCUUCAAAGCAAGUGGUAAGUUUUUAUAUUGAGUUUCUUUUUGCUUUUCAUAUGUUGCCUUUAAUGUUUCUAUUAGCCUAACCAGUGACAUGAAGAAUCUUGUUUGUGUGUGCACGAGAGAGAGAGCUCCUCCAUAAUAUGCAUUAUGACUGUAUUAGAAUUGUAUUUUCCAGUGUAAUUGGAGGCUUUAAGUUUGAAAUGCGCCCACACUGGGCAUUAGGUAAUGUGUGUGAGCUGAAUUAUCUAUGUGAAGUAUAAAUGUAUCUAAAUUAUGUUUGUAUCUACAGAUGAAGAAAAUGUUAAUAUGCAAAGUCAACAAGGAGCACAUUCUGAACCACCUGGUAAGGAAUCGUCUUUAUGAAAACAGAACUGAGUAUGAUUCUUUGCAUACUUGAGAUGUUUCAGAGUGGCUUUAUAUAUGGGAUUCUGCAUGGUCUCCCAUCAAGACAACAACCAAGGCCAGACCUCCUACUUAACAUGCCCUCAAACAACUCUCAAUUUUCACUUAACUUUGUCUUCCUUGCUAACCCUUUUAUUAGCUUUAUUUAUUGGCCUUCUUUACAUGACAGUUGUGAGAUUCGUAGAUGUACCAUAUGGAGAUACAGGCACUGACCAUUUUGUGCACGUUCAAUUUCUACGCCGCUUUCAGAUCUGGAAGUGGGCAUGGCAGGGUUGGAAUGGGGUGGGCAGACUUGCACACACUCCACCUAUGUGUGUAGUGACCCAGAAUGCAGCCUCCGCACAAACAGAGAGUUGCCUACAUAUCUAAAUGCCCUUAAUUUGGAGGUUGGGCUUGGCUCAUUAAGUGGGUGUGUUUUCUUCAUUAUCGGCUCCAAAAUUGUUCUUCUGCCACCUCCAACUCUGUUGUAUUUGCGGAGCUAGUAGAAUCUCAUGUGUCAUCUUGGAAAAGAUAGUUAAUGCUACAAAUGUGUUGUAUCCUCUAUUUGUUGUUGUUUAGAGCAAAAUAAAUUUAUAGUUAAACAGAGAAUAAAAGACACGGGGUUGUUUUCAGCUAAGUUCUAGUCAAAGUAGACCCAUUCAAAUUUGUGAUCCUAAGUCAUGUGCAUUCACUUCAGUGGGUCUACCCUGAGUAGGCCUAGCAUUGAACACCACCCAUGGUUUUGCAAGAGUUGCCGCAUUAGGUUAUUUGCCAUGUAGCCUAUCAUUAAAUAUGCCCUUAAUAAUUGUACAUCUUACUUGCUUGCCAGUACAUAAAAAAUAGAAGAGCUAUUUGUUAGUCCUUUUCAAUGCUUUACCUUCAGAUGGCAGGUUUUCUAGAGUUUCUUUUGAAGAUAAAUGUUGCCAAAUAAUUGCAUUGAGCUGGAAACAUUUAUUAAUGAUCUGGUUGGUUGAGCAUAAUGUGCUACUGCUACUGACUAUUGGUGGUGCUCUGGAGUUUGAGAAGGCAAUCUUUCCUAGCCAUACCUGGAGACGCAAGGGGUUGGACCUGGGACUUCCUGCAUAGCAUAUGCUCUGUGAGUUAGCUAAGACCUUUCCCAGCAGUAGCAGGGAAUGACUUUUAAUAACAGAAAUGGACAGUUCAGGUUUUUCCCCACCUUGUCACUAUUACCUUCUCUGCCAUAGCCACCCAGUUGUGGAACUCUCACCCCUCUUGAGAUUUGGCUGGCACUGACUUAAUCUUUCAGUACCAGCUGAAGUCUGCCCUCUUUGGACAGUCAUUUCAGGUGUAAUCUAGACCAAUACAAUGACAGAUGAUCUAUCUUGCUUAUGCUGGGCUCUGCGUACAAGUGUGUGUUGGAAUGUGUGCGUGCAAGGGGACACAGACACACACACGUGUUUUGUCAGAGAUGAGAUGUUACUGCAUCAGAAACCCUUCAUUACCAAGGGAUAAAAUGGGGAUGGGGAGCAGGUUUGUUUAUAAGAUGUCUAUCUCAUUCUCUGUGUGCACAUGAAGUGACUUGUAGCAUAAAAGCAAUGACAUUAAUUAUCAGCUAACAAAAAUAUCUCUGAAAAUUACAGUGAUGAAAAGAACCCACUAAAUGCUAUAAGAAUCCAGCUAAAUAAAAAUGCAUAAAAUAGUGGAGAGUGCCACCCUUUAAAUAAGUCUUUCAUAUCAAGAUAUCUCCAGCCUGCUAAAUUAUGGAAACACCCAUAAAUUAGGGCUGCCAUACGUUUGGGUUUCCCCUCACAUUACCGUGAUUUCAAAGGUGGAAUUGACGUCUGAGGGGACUUUGUCCUGGAUCUUAGGCUUGUCUAAAAAUAGCUCAACAACUUUUGGGGUGCCCUACAUAAAUAUCUGGUAUGCAUGUGUGUUUUAGGUGAUUUCCACCCCCCCCCCACAUGGCUACUUUAUUUUUUAAUUGUAUUCUGGUGCUUAAUCAAAAUUAUGAAUCCUAAGUAAUCGUAAAGUAAAAGUGUAAGAAACAGUUGCAGCAAAAAAGGGAGGGGAAUAUGAAUUAUGAUGAGGGAUAUGUGUUUAACCUGAAGAUUACAAGGCUGAAGCUACAAAUGUUGCGCAGCACAGUCCGAUGCUUGUCUACUGAGAAGUAAGCGCCACUGUCUCCCGUGGAGUUUACUCCCUAGAAAGUGUGUUUAGUAUUGCAACUUCAAUUGGCAAAAAAGGUAUCAACAAUAAUCAGCUAGUAGUCAUGGUAGUGGAAUGUUGGAUGUCUGACAGCUGCCCCUUAUUGUUGGUCCAUGGAUUAGGCCAAUAAAGCAAAGCUUAGCAGGACUUGGCUUUAGGGAAACUUUAAUAGAAUUUGGACAGAACUGAAACAAGCUGGAAGCAGGAAAGAUUAACUUUGCUGGUGAAUUGUUGCAUGGAACAAAGAAGCUUCCUAUAAAAGAGAGCACAAGACAGCAACUUUUUCUUUUGUUUGUGUUCAUAAUGAUCAGAUAAUUUUUCUCCAUCUCCAAAGUGCACGGCUGUUAACAACUGCUGAGAGGGCUUUCAGGGUUUAGGAUGACAGAGGACUAAUGUAUUGCCCAUCUUCAAAAAGCCCUUCACCUUCUAGAUUGCAGUGGUGACAAAAUGCUUCACUACUAGGAAAGAAGUUCCCAUAGGUCCUGUUUUGGGGCUUUUGAAUAGGCAUGCUUAGGCAUGGGCUGUAAGAAGUUUUAGCAGCAGCCUUUGUACUUAAGCACACUUUUUAUUGACUUCAGGACGUAAUCUUUGAAUACUCUAAUCUGUUUCUCUUUUUUCCUUUUUAGUUCAACGCACACUUUUGCAGAAACAGUAGCAUCAUUUAAGAUUAAGUGAAGGCCAGAAAACUGGACAGAGAACCUGCGUAUUUCCCUGAAAAAAUACCACACAUUUCAAGCAGCAAAAAAAAAACAACGAAGUUGCAAAGUAGAGUGAAAAUAGUCCUGUUGAAAAUGUCUUUUGAAAGGGAGAAUGGACGUUUUAACAAAUCUAAGUACUUGUAUCUGUGGUUUACCCUUUGAAGUUCAAAGUUGCAUACUUGCUGAUUCCUGGCUUUAAAACAAAUUUGUAUUUGUUGGAAACUGUUGCUUUUGUCCGAAGACUCAUAUUUUGCAUUAUGGCAAGAACCUUAACAGAGGAGAUGAUUUUAAUGUAUACUGGUUAAAUGCCAAUAGGUGGGCUGCACCUGCCACUCAGUUGUUGGGAAUGGAAUAAACGUUUGCCCUCUUCAUGUUCAUACCCUAAAAUGCAGCACCUUACUUGUCCCCCAUAAGAAAAUAUCACAACCAUCUGCCAAAUGGAUAGAAGUUAAGCAUAGCCCUCAGGCCUACGCUACACAUAGGGCUAAACUUCCUUUUCCCUAGAGAUGCCAACUAUUUAAAAACUGCAUAACCUUAUCCUGGCUUUUGCUUUUUUUGUCAUCUUAGAAUGUGAGCAAUAGGUUUUUAUAUGUACAUGUAUUUGCCUUUGAAUAAGUGAUUAAGAUCUAAUGUCUCUUUUGGAGCAUCUCUGAUAAUUGUACCUUUGCCUUUACAAUGAUUGCAUAGGAGGUGGAGAUGCUAUUUGCAUUGCCUUGUGACUUAUUCUCACUCAGAGCAAGUCCUAUCUAGUAUACAUGUUACACCUGGGGCCUUUUGAAUGCAAAAUAACAAUACAGUGGUACCUCGGGUUAUGAACUUAAUUCGUUCUGGAGGUCCGUUCUUAACCUGAAACCGUUCUUAACCUGAGGCGGGCUUUCACUAAUGGGUCCUGCUGCUGCCGUGCGAUUCCGUUCUCAUCCUGGGGCAAAGUUCGCAACCCGGAGCAACUACUUCCAGGUUAGCAGAGUUUGUAACCCGAAGUGUUUGUAACCCGAGGUACCACUGUAUUAUAUUGAAAUGAAGUGUGGAAUUUUGGGGGUGGAAGGGGAGGGCACAGUAAAGCUGUGCAGCUGCAUAAGCAUAUCAUGUAUAACUCAACCAGCCACUGUCUCCGAGCUGGAGUUGUUUUCUACAAGAAUACCAAAAAUUAAUUUAGCAAAUGCAAUUGCCAUUUAAAACUCAGUGAUAGCAUGUGCCUCUGACUAUGGGAUGUACCUCUUUAUUAUUCACAAGUGCCCUGCUUCCUCUUGUUUCGUAUUUACAAAAAAAGUUGACAUUCUUGUGACCACUUAGCUAUAUUUUUCAGUAAAUGGCUUCCAACAAGGCUUGUUUGACCAAUUGCAGAUGCCUUUAGCUGCAUACCUUGAAGUGCCAUUAAUAUAGUAGUAGGUAAUUGAUCAGAAUAAUAUGAGCUGAGCACUCUGUAUUCCACUUAAGGUGCAGAAAGGCUUGAUAAUGGUCACUGGGAGCAUGAAAAUGGAUUGUUUUCAUUGGAUCUAAAUAAAUUCCUGUCUACAUGAUUUCAGUUUUAAGAUUGUGGUAAAUGUUUGGCACAAGCUGACAGCAAAAAUUUAACCAGCUAAAUCAUGCAAUGAGCAUUAUUUUUUGGAACUCAGAUACUUUCUAACUAAGCAUUGUGCCAAUGUAAAAUCAAAGUUAUUGCAUAGAAUAUGAUUUCUGUAUGCAUGACUCUCAUAAUCAAAACAAUAUUGGAUGUCAUGUUCUUACUUAAACUAGAAACUAGAUGGUAGCUAGCCACACGUGUGGAGCAUGGGUGCUUAAAUUUGUUUCCAUUUUUAAUGCACACAGAACUCAAGAUCAGUUCUUCAUCAUAUUAUAAACUGAGCUAGGCACAUGCUCCACAGCAAAUGUGCAUCAGUUAACCUAAUAAGAAUAUUGCAUUUUGAGGCAAUAUGUGCCACUGAAUAAAACUUGCAAAGUGGCAAUACUUUUUUUAAAAGGAAAAUAAUCAUUUUGUAAACUACAAGCAAUGCUAAGCUUAAUAUUGGAAUGCUGCUGAUUUCUAAAGAUGUUUCUAUGUCAUUCCUAAACAGCAGAGUCUGAAUUUUGUGCCCAUUACCCCCACACCUUUGCAUAUUUUAUCUAAUGCUCCACAGAACUCAGGACAGCUUACUUCCCAAUGACGUGUGUAUAAAAUUGGCUGCACUCCUAUAUGUAUUUGGAAGUAAACUAUAUUGAGGUCAGUGGGGCUUGUUUCUGAAUAAACAGACAUACAAUCAGGCCAUUAAUUUCUAAUGGAAAUCAUUGUUUUAUUUCAUCCCAUCUUAUUUCAUGUGUACUAUGUGAUAAAAUGACUUAAAACAGUAGCUGUUUGAGUGUGCUAAACUUCAAGUAGAGUAAGGAUGGUGGGCCUUUGCUUCUGCAGAGAUUGCCGGACUACAACUGCCAUCUUCGUUGACUAUUGGCCAUUCUGGCUGGCACUGAUGGGAGUUGGAGUCCAGCAACAUCUGGGGGACCACAGGUUGUGAAUUAGUGUUGUGGCUCCUUAGAUUGCAAGAACUUCUAGGAAUUUGGUAAUUAAGACAUAAUACUUGUGAUCUUUUUUUAAAAUAAAAAUCAACAAAACCUAAAACUUU